AACACAAACACAAACAAAUAUAACCUCAAUUUUGAUAGUUGUAAAAGGGCAUGACAAAUUUUCUUGUUGGUAAAUAUGAUUAUAAUAUUUAGGUUCUAAACACUCAGAGGAAACAUCACAAUCUUGAAGACAACACAAGACCAGUAAGACAUCGCUUUAAUUUGAGGAAUAGUAUACCGAUUACUCAAACAUUAAGUGCCUUUGAAAGGAAGACAAAUACUAAUAUAACGAAACUUAAAGAAUUUACUGCACUAUUUAAUUUUUGUGUCAUGGCCUUACCAUCAACUAGUGGAACUGUGUCUUCUGCAUUAACAUUUAAUAUUUUAGCGUGUUGUAACUUGUCCAUGGCUAGAACAGCUGUAAUGGGACUUCCUCAUUAUGAAGUUGAAACUCCUGUUUUUAUGCCAGUUGGAACUCAGGGUACUUUGAAAGGACUUUUACCUGAACAGCUGAAAGCACUAGAUUGUCAGAUCAUCUUGGGAAACACUUACCAUUUGGGUACUCGUCCUGGUCCAGAACUGAUCAAGAAAGCUGGAGGACUUCACAAGUUCAUGGGUUGGGACCGAGCUUUGCUCACCGACUCCGGAGGGUUCCAGAUGGUUUCGCUCUUGACACUUGCUGAAAUCACAGAAGAAGGUGUUAAAUUCAAGUCUCCUUUUGACAAAGAUGGAGAAACACUAAUGCUAAGCCCGGAGCAUUCAAUUAAAAUACAGAAUGCAAUCGGUGCAGACAUCAUAAUGCAGCUAGAUGAUGUAAUCAAAACUACAUCAACAGGACCUAGAGUAGAGGAGGCUACUUACAGAACAACAAGGUGGCUAGACAGAUGUUUGGCAGCCCACGAGAAUCCAGAAUCACAGAACAUUUUCCCGAUCGUGCAGGGAGUGUUGGAUAAACAACUGCGGGUUGAGAGCGCAAAACAACAGAUGCAACGGAAUGUCAGAGGUUUUGCCAUUGGUGGGUUAAGUGGAGGAGAGGCUAAGGAUGACUUCUGGCGCAUGGUCCACCUGUCUACUACCCAGUUGCCACGUGACAAGCCACGCUACGUCAUGGGUGUGGGAUUUGCAGUGGACUUGGUGGUGUGUGUAGCACUGGGAGCAGACAUGUUCGACUGUGUCUUCCCUACGAGAUAA